UUUUUCAACCUCUCUCCAUCACUCCAAACGGGUCGAUUUAAUUGUUAUCAUUUUUUUAUUAUUAUUUUGCUACCUGACUUUUUCCUCUUGCCUUUUUUUGGGGGUUGUGGUUUGGUGUGUUUUGGGUUUUUUUCCCCUUUCCCCCUUUUUUUUGAUUGAAGCUUGUGUUAAGACUUUUUGCGGAAAGCCUUUGGAAAAAAAAAAAAAAAAGACGGGGGGGGGGGAAGAAGCCAGCAAGAGACUGAAAAGACCAAGAGAAAGUGGCAGCUAAGGACUGUGAAAUCACCACCACCACCCCCUUUCUGGGGCUGUCGAUCAGAGCGAGAGUUGUACAUUAUUAUUAUUGUUGUUGUUGUUCUUUCUGCAUCUGUCUAUCCACAUACACAGGCAGAGAGAGAGCCAAGUACAGACAGUGAAACUCGACGAGACCAGCCAUGGUAGCAAGGGCUCAGCCUGAUCGGAAACAAUUACCGCUGGUCCUACUGAGAUUGCUUUGCCUUCUCCCUACAGGGCUGCCAGUCCGCAGCGUGGAUUUUACCCGAGGUACCGAUAACAUCACCGUGAGGCAGGGGGACACAGCCAUCCUCAGGUGUUACGUAGAAGACAGAAGCUCCAAGGUGGCUUGGUUAAACCGUUCUGGCAUCAUUUUUGCUGGAGAGGACAAGUGGUCCCUGGACCCUCGAGUAGAACUGGAGAAGAGAAACCCCCUGGAAUACAGCCUGCGGAUCCAGAAAGUGGAUGUCUACGAUGAGGGGUCCUAUACGUGUUCAGUGCAGACGCAGCAUCACCCCAAGACUUCCCAGGUUUACUUGAUCGUGCAAGUUCCACCAAAGAUCUCCAAUAUCUCCUCGGACAUCACCGUGAAUGAGGGCAGCAACGUGACCCUGGUUUGCAUGGCAAAUGGGCGUCCUGAGCCUGUCAUCACCUGGAGGCACCUCACCCCAACAGGCAGAGAGUUUGAAGGCGAGGAAGAGUAUCUGGAGAUCCUAGGGAUCACGCGAGAGCAAUCGGGCAAGUAUGAAUGCAAAGCUGCCAACGAAGUUGCUUCAGCAGACGUCAAGCAAGUCCGGGUCACUGUGAACUACCCUCCCACCAUCACAGAGUCCAAGAGCAAUGAAGCGGCCACAGGACGACAAGCCUUACUCCGGUGCGAGGCAUCAGCAGUGCCCACACCUGAUUUCGAGUGGUACAGAGAUGAUACCAGGAUAAACAGCGCCAAUGGUCUGGAGAUAAAGAGCACGGGGAGCCAGUCUCUGCUGAUGGUGGCCAACGUCACUGAGGAACACUAUGGGAACUACACCUGCGUGGCUGCCAACAAGCUGGGAGUCACAAAUGCCAGCCUAUACCUUUACAAACGAGUUUUACCCACACUCCCCAAUCCUUUUCCAGGACCCGGCACAGGGAGAGUAGACAACGGUUCCAUGAGUUUGGCCGUCCCACUGUGGCUGCUGGCAGCAUCCCUGCUCUGCCUACUCAGCAAAUGUUAAUACAAAUCAGAAUUAAAAAUAAUAAUAAUAAUAAUUAAAAAAAAACCAACACGACAACAACAACACACAAAACAAAAUGCGUUAUACAGGAGACAGAGCGAAGAGAGGGGAGAGAGAAAAAAGAGAGGGGGGGGAGAGAGAGAGGACUGUUUCUUUCACAACUUUUGUGUGUUCAGGAGCGAAGAGAGGGGAGAGGAAAAAUUACAGCAAAGACGACUCAGCAACAUUUAAUCCAAAACCUGACAAGCCGGCUGUCAAGUCACAACCAUCUAGGAGGCAACACGAAGCAAGGAAGAGAAUGGGGCACCAGCAAGGAUCGUGUCGCCGGAGGAUGCUGCAAUAUAAACAAUCCAACAAAACCACAAAGCCAAUCAAACAGAAGAUCCCUUUUCUUUUCUCUCCUCCUUCCUCUUUUCCAUACUCCCUCACCUUCCUUCCUUCCUUCCUCCUCUUUCUUUCUUUUGCAGAAAGAGGUCUUUGCUUCGGUGUCUAUAGCCACUUAACUUUUUGGAUGCCCUGGGUCAUUUUUGUGAGCCAGUGCUCAGCCAGUUCAUACUUUUGAAAACAAAU